GGACUAAUUGAACGUCGUAGUGGAUAUUCUCGGGAAUAUAAACGCGGCACAGUACGGAGUACUAAAUGUCUUGCUAGGUACGGAGUGACUGCUUCGUAGUAUCGCUUCUGUCUUCUCUUGUUUCCUUCUUCCCAAUCCCAUUCAUAGGUAAAAUUUAGUCCAGUACUAGAUAGCCAGUGACAACAUGGCUCGCGAUGGGGAAGACAAUAAGAGUGUCAUAAUUGAGGCAAGAGAUGAUGCUCAACUGGAAACUCUUGGCUACAAACCCGUACUACAUCGAACCUACACCCUCAUUGAGAAUUUCUCGACAUCGUUCGCUGCCUUGUACUUCGUUGGAGGUGUAAGAGUUACUUACACCACUGGAAUCGCCUCCGGAGGUCCUCUAGCUUAUUGGACGAGUUAUCUUGUAACAUGCUUCUUCACCUUCAUCACUGCAGCAGUUAUAGCAGAAGUCUGUUCUGCGUCACCCUCAGCUGGUUCUAUCUAUCUUUGGGCAGCUGAAGCUGGAGGAGCCAAGUAUGGCCGACUUUUAGGAUUUGUUGUUGCGUGGUGGAGUACUACUGCUUGGAUGACAUUUUGUGCAAGCAAUACCCAAGGAGCUGUCAAUUACAUGCUUUCGGAAAUUGUUGUCUUCAAUGUUGAUUUCCCAACGGAUACCAGUGAUAUCAAGUUCCGAGCAGUUCAAUGGAUUUGUACUGAGGUUCUCCUUGCACUAGCCGCAAUCGUGAAUUUUCUACCACCCCGUCUUUUUAAGUAUGUCUUCUGGAUAUCGAGCUUUUUAGUCAUGCUGGAUUUCGUUCUCAACCUCAUCUGGUUGCCAAUAGGCGCUGCCCGAACCAUCGGGUUCCGAACUGCAGAGGAGGCGUUUAUGACAACUUACAAUGGAACCGGUGCACCCGCUGGCUGGAAUUGGUGUUUGUCUUAUCUCGCUACUGCUGGUAUUCUCAUUGGGUUUGACGCCUCUGGACACGUUGCUGAAGAAACCAAAAAUGCUUCAAUCACAGCCGCUAGAGGUAUAUUCUGGAGUGUGAUUGUAAGUGGAAUAGGGGGAUUUGCCACCAUCAUUUUAUUUUUGUUCUGCACACCUGAUCCGGAUACUCUGUUCUCUUACGGUUCGCCUCAACCGUUCGUACCACUCUAUGCCGUUGUCUUGGGACAAGGCGGGCACGUCUUCAUGAACAUCAUUGCAGUAGUCGCACUUUGGUUCAAUACCGCAAUCGCCAUUGUCGCUGCAUCUCGACUUGUCUUUGCAGUAGCGCGUGAUGGCGUUCUUCCAUUUUCGGGUUGGGUAUCACGUGUCUCACCUGAAGGCCAACCCCGUAACGCAGUUCUUGUAAUUUGGGGUUGUGCCUCGCUUGUGACUUGCACCAUCUUACCUUCUGCAGUCGCAUUCACAUCUCUCAUAUCUGCUGCUGGUGUUCCAUCGGCCGCCGCUUAUGGACUUAUUGCUUUUGGAAGAUUUUUCUUGACACCAAAUACAUUCCCUAAGCCAAGAUGGAGUUUGGGUAGAUGGAGUAGACCAUUUCAAUUUAUCUCAAUCUUUUGGAACGGUUGGGUUGUGGCGAUCCUUUUCAGUCCUUAUGAAUUUCCUGUCACUGGAGCUACAUUGAAUUAUGCGCCAAUAAUUAUGGCCGGUGUAACAAUCCUAGCUCUGAUUUCCUGGUGGUUUACACCUGUAGGAUCAUGGCUUCCACGAGAACGCAUAACACAUUUCGUGGAAAGUGAAGGGGCGCCUGCGGAAGGUCUUCGACAAGAACCAGAUGAACAGCUUCAGGUGCCUGAAGUAGAAGGGGAUGCGACCCCAGCUACCUAUUCUGAGAAGUGAGAUACUCAAUGACCGCUUUGACUUUUCCUUUUGAAGAAUCAAGAUACUGAUCUUCUUUUGUGUAUUAAAGUGGAGGGCUCUUAGAUGGGACCGCGCAGGAACAAAGGAGUCCUUGAACACACUGAUGUGAGAUUAUAUAGAUUUGAAAGAACGGCAAUCGUUGCAAGAUAUACUUGAGAAUGGUUUCGUAUACAUAGAAUAAUAAUACCUAGAUAUUUUGGGGCCGGAUUACACAUGGAUUUUCUGAGAUUCCACUGGCCUUUAAAUGAUUAAAACUGUAAUUUACAAUCUGCAAUUAUUGGCUUUUAAGUUACUGAUGGAAGUUGGCACACUGGGUUGUUCUGAGAUAAUAAAUCUUCUUGCCGCA